AUAAAUUCUUUCACGAUCGAAGCGAAGGACUUGCAGUUGACUGAUUCCUGAGAAGUAGCCACAUUGCCGGAGGACAGAAGAGACCCUUUGGUUUCGACUUGCUUGUUUGAGAGACAACCAACGUCAGAGAAAGUGUUGGAAAUUCCCCUUGUGUACUGAAAACCCGGAAGUACACGUAAGCACUGGAACAUCUGACUUUAUGACUCAGUUUGAAAGCAUAGACAAACAACAAGGCCGCUGUACGUAUACCUGUGGUGUACUAACGGAAUAACAAAGAUUUCUAUAGUGAAAAGCCUGGUAACUGCACAGUUUGGGUCUGCCAAGAACCCUAUACUGUGCAUAGCUUCGUUGUUGGCACCAAAAAUUAAAUACCUUUUUAAGAGCUCGAGAGACAAUUAUUAAAUUAAUAUUUGACUCUGAACUGGGCCAUGCGCAAACCAGCAUCAAGAAACCACAUCUAGCGAGAUAUUAGACUUAAAACAAGGACAACAACAACAACUUCUUGCUGAGGACCCGCCAUGUUGCUAGUCAUGUUGCUUGAGUUUGCAGUAGUGGUGUUGGUGAUAUUGUUAUGGCUGGUGUUCGUGCUGGCCCUGGUGCUGGCACUGGCAGUUUUCGUCAGCAUCUACUUCUUCCCUCAGCUGGGCCAGACAGUCGUCAACUUCUGCAGGGAAAAGUUCAACCAAUACAUCAACAGCCUACCUCGAGCUCCCCCUGGCCGUACAAAUGGUACUGCAGGUGGUACAACAGGUGGUUAUCAAAACCAGGACCAAACUGGCUCCUCUGGUUCAGAGUACAGCCGGCCCAGGGACCCAGGAGUCAGCUAUGACUGUCCCAUCUGUCUGGACAGAGCCAAGUUUGCCACUGAGACCAACUGUGGGCAUGUCUUCUGUGGUCCAUGUAUCCUGAGAUACUGGGACAGAGACACCAGACCUGUCAAAUGCCCCUACUGCAGACAGUCAGUCACCCUGCUGAUGAAGUGUUUCAGUGAAGAGGACCUGCGAUCUCCUGACCAGGACUCUGUCAGUCAGCAAGUCAUCCAGUAUAACAGGACAUUCCUGGAGGAGCCAAGAGGGUUCAUCACAUCAUUGCGUGACCUGCCCACCAUCCUGCGGCAUGUUUGGGCAGACAUGUUCUCAGUGGGAGGACUCUUCACACUGCUCACCUGGGAGCGCAUGCCUGUCUAUCUAUUCACCUGUGCGCUCUACCUGGCCUCACCUAUUGACGUACUCCCCGAGAUGUUCUUUGGGCCACUUGGUCUCCUUGAUGAUGCGUAUGUUGUCAUACGCCUGCUGAUAUAUGUGUCCAACGUCUAUAGAAGAAUUGUUGCAGAAAUUGAAGUUGACUGAUUCUAUAUUAUGAUUUUGUGACCUGUUUAAUAUUUGUUGCACCUUCACUGCAUGCAAUGGUAGGUAGUGUUUUUUGGUGAUAUUCUGGUGAUAUUGCAUUGAUUGCUCGGAAAAAAGGUUAAUGCUUUGAAGAAAUGCUUCUUCCUUUCAGGAAUUUUGGGCUGAAAUUGUGAACAAUAAUUUAAGUUUGAGAAAUCUAGAGCUCCAAUGUUCAUUUAAAUGAAGAUAUGUGUAUGGGUACUACCCGUUAAGUGAAUAUAGCAUAGAGACAUGGAUGAUUCAAAUUACAUAUACAUGUAUUGCCAUUUAUCUAUUUAUGUAUUUUUAGCUGCCUGUAUACAUGUAAUGCUACAUGUAUCAAUCAAAUUGUCAUAAUUUGAUUCAGGCUUUUUUCUACUCUGAGCAGUAAAGUAUGUACAUAUGUACAUACAUGCUGGGCUCUUGAUGUUUGUCUGUGAUUAGUUUCUUUUAUCUUUCUUAGGCCAACUCUAG